AUGGCGCUCUGCGCCAACCGCGAGCACGCGGCGAUCCAGGCGAAGCUCCCGAAGCCGCCUACGGGCGCCACCGAGGUUCGAGAAGUGCCGGCGCCGGCGCCAGCUCCCGAGCCAAGCCGGCCGGCGGAGUCGAGGCAGGCAGACGCGGCGAUGGAGGUGGGGACGGCAGAAGCGGCGGCCGUGUCUGGGACAGCAGACGCGAUGGCAGAGGCGGGGACAGCGGAAGCAGCGGCCGUGAUGGGGCCAGCGGAUGCGGCGGCCGUGACAGGGCCGGCGAACGCGGCGACCGUGACGGGGUUGGUGGAAGCGGUGGCCGAGGCGGGGACGCAGCCGUCGCCCGAGCCCCCGGCGCCAGUCGAACCUACCCCGGGCUUGCCGAGCCUGGGGUGGAUGAUGACGUUGCAAGUUUUGGGGUCCCCGAAUCCCCCAGAGGAGGCACGCGGGGAACCCAGUGCCCAACCGGCGCCCGGCCAACCUGCCGACCCCCUCCCAGUCGCGAUCGAGAGCGUCCGGGUGGCGGUCGAGCGGCUGGGCUCGGCGGUGGACGUGGAGGUGGCGUAG